AUGGGUAUCAAAGUGAUGCUUAACAGAAAGUAAGUCGUUGGUUUAGAAGAAGGAAAGUGUUCUAAGUGCAAAAAUUCAGAUUCUGAGAAGGCUUUUCACAAAUUAAACUUUUUGUUUUGAGAUUUUUAUGUAGAUCGCGCUUUGAACGGCCGAAAAAAAAGCUGUUUGCACUUAUAAACUCUUGCCGUUCAAUUCACAUUGUGAAGACCAAAAAACAUUGAAAUGCACGGUCCAAGUGGGCUUUUUGCCGGUGUCCAUACACUUUAUGAAAGUAAUAUUUUAACAUGCAUGCAAAAUAAGGUCUAUAUUUCUUCAGACAAAGCUACGUUUCCUUCAAAAAUAAAAUUUUCCCACCCAAAGUGUGAAAUUUAGAACCAAAAAAAGUUUUUUCUGUGCCCGCUCUCCGCAUAGUCGGCACUCUCAAGUCGGCAAAGGUUGUUGAAUACUAGUCGGGACAAAAAGUCCUGAUAAUUUUGCACUGUGCGGAUUUGAACGUUUUGGGCCGUCGCUGCGAAAAUCGCGAAAAAAGGUGUUUUGCACGGUGCAUUUGACCCGAAAAGUGCAUUUGCACAGUGCAUUUUGUUUGUUUUUGCCUUACGUCGCGCGCGAUUCCCACUUUUUCGGAGCGACAAAUCGUUUUUUCAGAGUGCGACAGAAACGGAGAAAAAUCCGCACAGUGCAAAAUUAUCAGGACUUUUUGUCCCGACUAGUACUAGUCCUUCCGGAAAGUCGCCGGACGGAAAUUGGCGACAUGCACUGUGCGAAAAAACUCAGGGUGCGAGCGACAGCUCGAAAAAGCUUAUUGCACAGUGCAAAAAGCCAAAAAUUGCACAGUGCAAAGUGAACUUUCGAUUUCGCAGAGUGCAUGUCGCCGAUUUCCGUCCGGCGACUUUCCGGAAGGACUAGUACCUAGGGUGUUCUACAGAGGCUAAAUAAAAACUGCCAAGAACUGAUUUGUGGCCCAAUGUGAGUGUAAAAUUAGAAAAAAAUCUUAGCGCCACACUUGGGCCACUUCCCUUGUUCACCCUACUCUUUGCACCCAAUUUCCACCCAUUUUCUGCAGCCUUUCACCCCAAUGACGUCAUCGUAGUUGUUCUUGGAACUUGGCCAACCUGAAAAAUGGAAACAUUUAUCCCCUGAAGGCAUUUGCCGGGAAACGCUGACAUUUUACGAGCCGCAAUUAAAAGCCCAUGCAUAUUCCUUCGGCGAUGCCGGCGGCCCCGUUUUUUUUGUAGCCAAUACCCGAAAUUAAGGAAAUUGGGGGUCGAAAUCAAAAAUGAAAAAAUUUUUGAAAAAUUGGCCAAUGAAAUUGACCUUUUCGGCCGCCUUCUUGGCCCAAGAUGGAUUGGCCGAGGGCCGGGGAAAGGCUGGAAGAUAAAGGCCACAUGUUUGCCCUUAGAGUAAUUAUUAUUCAAAGGUUUUUGGGGUACAUUGCCUCAGGGAAUUUACCACUUUUUGCUUGUGUUUUCUCUUUAAAUUAGUUAUUUUUACUUUUUUCUCAGAUUAAUAGCUCGUUUUUGUACUCUUUACUUUUUCUUAUCGAAAAUGCUUCAGGCAAGAUUCCACCCCCGCUUGAAGUUUUAAAUUUAGCGGGACUUGAGGUUUCUGACGUAACUGCAGGAGGCUGACCUCAUAGCUCGAGAGUUUCCUCGUAAUAUUUACAAAACACUGUCUUUUCAACACUUUUUAAAUAGUUUUUGACCUGAUUACUCAUAACAAACAAAAAAUUUCGAAGAAAAUUAUCAUUUUCUUUCGGAAAAUAGCUGUCUUAAAUUUUUACAAUGGAAUUUCACAUUUUGUAAGUAAUCAAUUUUUGCGUAUUUUAGAGAAUUUAUAACUUAUUUUUCGUUUUCAGCUUGUCCAGCGGAAAGAAAAUGGCCAAAUCCGUCACUUUCAAGCUGAGUUGCAGCAAGGUAAGCGGCUUAAGAUUUUCAAAAACUAAUUUUUUUUUUCAAAAAAUGUCAAAUUUUCAUUGAUUUAUUUCUCAAAGCUCAGCAAUUUUCUUGAAAUUUUGCAGAACUGGGGCUUCGGUAGUUCAGCCCCCCACGAAAGGUAGUUCAAACCCCCACUGUUUUGCCCGUUUCACACCCCACAUAAUGAACAAAUUAGAAUAAUACAAAAAAUGUAAGUGGGGGUUUGAUCUACUACGUUGGGGGUUUGAUCUAAGACGUAGGGGGCUUAACAUGAAACGUAGGAGGCUUGAUCUAAAACGGAGGGGGCUUGAUCUAAAACGUAAGCGGCUUGAUCUAAAACGUAGGGGACUUGUGCUGGACCAUACAGCUUGGAUUAAUUCUUUGAAAUAAAUUUUGGGGUUCAGAAUGGACGAGGGGGGUUGUACUGGGUUAUGGGGGGCUAAACUGGACUGGGGGGCUGUACUACCUUAGCCCCGCAGAACUACUUUACCUAAGCUGUAUUUCGGCUUCCUAAAAUUUUAGUUCGAUCUGUAAACGGAGAGCCGAGAUACUCAAAAAAAUUUUUUGGCGAAAGACUGAAAAUAUGAAGAGACGGUUGAGAGAAAAAACGCGAAUUUGAGGCGAAAAAUUUGUGUUUUUGUAGAAACAGUAGACAAGGCGUUAUAAAUUCACUGCUAAACUUGCAUAAUGAAAAAAGAAUAAAAAAAUUUUUGGACAUUUUUCAAUUUUCGACAUAAAAAAUGUCGAAUUUUUUGCAAAGCGCGGGCUCAAAAUUUCACAUCUCGAAUAGGCAUUUGAAAAUUUAAUUCUGAAUUAAUUUCAAGCUCCAUCAAAAUCCGUGAGAAAAUUUUUUUCUUUUGUGUUUUUGAUUUUUCACUUCCUGCGUAAUUAAAAAAAUUUUUUCGAUUUUUACCGGGAUAACACUACAAUUGUCAUCAUAAUUUCUACAAUUUUCUGCCGAUCACAUCACAUUUCCGCCUCUUAUGUUUGCCUUUUCUCAAAUUUCACGACGUUCCCUGAGUUUGAGUGUCCGCGAAUUAUUCAUAAACCUCCAAAAACUUAUCGGCAUUUCGGAAAGUAGACACUAAGGGUUCGCUUAACGAUUUACUGCUGCCUAAACUGCUCUUUGAGACUACUAUUUACUACUAAAAAGUGUUGUUUUACAAUGAUUCUACAAAAAUUACAGCCAGAUGAGGUGAGAAAUAAAAAAAACUUUAAAAAAAAAUAAUUUUUAGUAAACUUAUUGUUGGUCUUGAUUAUUAUUUUCAAAAAGUCCGAAAAAUUUUUUAUAGUUUUCACGGAGAUUUUUUUUCGGUUUUAUUUUUUGCACAGUGCAGAAAAAGUUCGAAAGAGGAAGCAAUUUUUUCGCACCGUGCGACAAUUUGAGAAUUCGAAAAAUCGCGACAAAACUGCACAGUGCGAAAAAAUUGGAGAGAGCGAGCCCAUAUUCGCACAGUGCAUGAAGAUUGAAAUUUUUCGUUCCUUUUUUUGCACUGUGCGUUUUUGAAAAUUUUUUUAGGCAAGUAGAUAGGUACUAGGGUAUAAUUUUUUUCAUUAUUGGUGACCCGGACAUGCUCUAGGUGCAGUAUUUCAUGAAGUUUUGUGUUUUUUCACUCCACACGUCAUCUCCAUUAAUCUCAAUUCAUCCAAAACAAAGACCCUGAGGUAAUAAAACCUCUUGCAACUGUCUCAAGCAGCCUCUUUUUGAGUACCGGCUCACUUUUUGUUACUCGUUCUUUUAAUGAAAAUCACAUUUUUUUGCAAACCCAAUUAGUAAAUAAACCCAAAAAGUUCCAAAGAAAAGGUAAUUUAUGGGGCUGCAAAGACUUAUGACUUUGUUUUUUGGCCAGAUGCGAGUUCUUUGGCCAUCGUUUUUAUAAGGUUUCUGUUUUUCGGAGCGAUUUCCCUAGGCCAAUAAAUAAAAAAUGAGUGUUUAGUGUCUAAAACGAUAUUUGGAGGGAAAGGAACACAAUUUUGGCUCAAAUCCAAGAGAUUUUGCCCUUAGGCUAUGCAAUUUUUAUUGCUUAUUCUUGAAUUCCAUCGGAAAUUUGACGAAAUUUGAGAAAUUUUGAGUUUCUUGCCUUCCGCACUGUGCAAAUAUUUUCGGUUUUCCCGCACUGUGCAAAAAAAAAUUUUCUUUUGCACAGUGCGGUCACUCGAAAAAAUUUUUGCACUGUGCGGUUUUAUAAAUUUUGAAAUUUAAGAAAUUGAAGUGGAAAAACAGUGACAUAAAUGUGUGAAAAAAAAAUAUUUUGUAAAAUGUUUGCCAGAAAUCCUCAAUUUUCCCGUUGAAUUUCAAAAAAGAACACUUUUUCAUCUGUCAUCCCCAUGAUGAACAUGUUUUUUAUCGCCAAGAGGAUCUAAGAUUAUUUUUGAAACAUCCUAAACUUUCUACCGUGCAUUUUUAGUCACUCCCCUGGGGCAUUUUUGCUUUUUCGUUAGAAAAAAUCUGUAUUUUACCCUGGAAUUUUUAAAAAAAUUGAGAUUUUUCUAUUCAAUUUUUUUGGAUGGCCUCGAAAAGACAAAUUACUCAAGGAGUGGGCCCGGUUUGCUUAUUAGAUUUAUUCGAAAACGUUCGAAACUAACCGAAUUUCAUGAGAAUUUAUUUUGAAAACUCGAGUCAAAUUUGCCUUGUUUUGACAUACCGCAAGUAAAUGAUUUCCCAAAAAUAAUUUCUUUGAGAUUUCCAUGUUUUGACAGACCUACUUUUGUUGUUAAAAGAAGGCUGCUCGAAGGGUGUUUAUUCAAGGUCCAAACGCUGAAGAAAAGGCGCUUCCGGCGUUUUCCAAGGCGAAUCGUUUAAGCGCUUGAGGGUCUGGCCCAAUUUGCCCUUUUUAAUUUGUCCCCAUAAGUGCUUUCUCGGGGAUUUUGGAGCAAAAAGUUGUGUUUUUGUAGCCUAAAUUUUACAAAUUUCAUUUUCGCGUUACAAUUUUGAACUUAUUUUUUGUCAUCUUCCAGUCAGACGACCAUGUUUUUCUUUGGUCGAAUCCGAAGAAUUCGAAGUAAAUUUUCGGCGGUAAGUCUGCUAAAUAUUUGUCUCAGCCAACCAAGAAUUACUAUAAUACAGUAAAAUGAAAAUCAAAAUUGAGAAGUACCAUAUUUACAAUUAUUUUUCAUCAAAUUCCAGGCAUCGCCCGUGUUCAUCCACGUUUUUAUGGUGGUCUCCGUCGCCGCGUACACACUCUUUGGUGCCUAUGUGAUGCGGUCCUUUGAAAACUCGGAAAUCGAAAAGUAGGUGAAAGAUACGACGAUAUCAUUAUAUUUACAGGAUAAAUCGGGAAAAUGGAUAUCUCGGGCCGCCUGGGCGAUCGAAACGAGCUGCAGAUUCGGGGGAAAUUGUGCUAUCGGGUCCAGAAUUGAGUGCGUUGGCACCGGGAGUAAGUUCAAUAAUUUACGGGAAAAUGACGUCAUUUUAAGCCUCUUUUUGGAACAAAAAACUUUUCAAUGAAAUGUUAUUAAAUUGGCAUUUAAAUUUUUUUAAAAUUUUCAAAAAUUUUGGAAAGCAUUUUUUUCGAAAUUGCUUUCAUUUUUAAUUCAAAAUUUUGCAUUUUUCGCGGAUCUUAAGGAAAAUUUUUUUGACUUUUAAGGCGACAUAAAAUAAAAAAAAUUUUCUCCAGCUCCGCGGAUGUGUCCAAAACGCGAUCCACGACAUGCUCCUUCUGGCGGGAUGCACCCCCGAUGAGCUGAACAAACUUUCGAUAACCGCAUUGGACGAUUGCUAUCGCUAUGCGGACAUUCAUCUGCCCAAUAAAACAAAACGAAUCGCGACCACAACACCUAGAACGCCCACAACAACUAUUGAGUAUAGGAGAUUCCAGGCUUGUAAGUGACUAUUAUAAAUGGGUUACUGUAACUUUUAUUUGAAGUGAUGUCGGAUAACGAUGAGGGCGAAGAAGAAGUUGGUUGGUCCUUUCAUAACGCCGUUGUUUUUGCCUUCACUGUCAUCACAACUAUCGGUAUGCAAAUUUGGAAAGCAGUUUUGUAAUUCUUAGUCAUCAAUUUUUAGAAAAAUUACAAAACUUCUUUAUAACUUUAGGUUACGGUAAUGUAGCGCCAGUCACAACGGCCGGCAGGGCAUUUUGCGUGGUCUAUGGGCUGAUUGGAGUGCCUCUGGCGUUGCUGACCAUCGCUGACAUUGGAAUGUUCCUAAACAAGUUUGUGAAAUUUGUCGUUAAAACAAUCUCGAAUCUGAAAGAUGACGUUGAUCGCUAUCGCUUUCAGGUAAGUUUAACAGUAUAAUCAGAGGGUUUUACCAUAUGUAUAUCGUGUGUAUGAAGUACUUCAAGUGCGACGCUCAGAGUUUGAUGAAACUUGGCACAAAUUUAGAAUAAUUUUUUCUAAGAUAUAUGCGUGAAUCCUAGCUCGCGCUUUGCAGAAACAACCGAGAUUUUUAGAUCGAAAGUUGGCGAAAAUUUGACACUUUUUGCCGACUUUCCGCAAGAAAAGUUUCAUGCCUAUUUCUACCAUAGAGGGUAAUGUUUCCACAAAAGAUCAUUUUUUUCCGCACGAAACUAGCAAAGUUAUCAUCAAAAAGUGUUUUUCUCUCUGACCGCUCUCCGCGUUUAGCGUACUCUCUCGGCGGCAAAGAUCGUUCAAUAUCUCGGCUUUUCCUUCAAAGCGCGAGCUGAAACUUGCAGGAAUUGAUACUUAGUUCAUGACCGACGUGUGUGCAAAAUUUAAAGAAAAUCUGAGCGUUACACUUGGGGUACUUCCCUUGUGAGUUAAAAUCUUAUGCUUGCUGGACUGUGUAUGGUAGAAAAUAAUUAUUUAUUUUAGAGAUUCUAUGUUUAUUUUUCAGCGGAGAAAGCUGAAGAAGAGUGCAAGCGGUUCCACUAAUUCCUCAAACGACACCGUUCAGAUAAAGGACAUUGAAGAAGCCAAUAACAAUAUAACAGAACGCUCCAAAUCAACCGCAAAGUCAGAGUCUUCCAAUUCUUCGCAGGAGGAGCGACGGACCUCUGAAUCCGUGACUUUGGCCGUAAUCUUUGGCCUUUAUUUGAUCACCGGCUCGUUUAUCAUCAGUCUGUAUGAGCCGGAAAUGAACUUUUUCACCGCCGUUUACUUCACUUUUGUCUCGCUGACCACAAUUGGAUUGGGGGAUAUUGUGCCGAAACGGUGGGUGGCUGAGAUUUUCAUUGAGAAGAAAUGGGAGACUUGAUUAGCAAAUUUGUGCAAAAUUUGGCAGAUACGCUACGCGUUGCCAUACGCGUUUUUUAGGUUCAAUUUUUAAAAAUUUUAGCGUGUGCUUUGCAAGAAUAGGCAGAGAUUUUUUCAUCGAAUAAUGAUGUUUUAUCUUUCAGAUACGAUUUUCUGAUCCUUACCUUUGCUUACAUUACUGUCGGUCUUGCCUUGACGACCAUGGCCAUUGAGAUUGCGGCCGAAUUUUUGAAGAAGUUACAUUACUUUGGAAGGAAAAUUGAGGACGUCGCUUCGGUCGAUAUUUGGUUUGGCGGGAGAAAGUGCGUUACAUUUCUUUUUCCCGUAAAUUUGUUUCAAAAGUAACGACCAUCAUUUUAGGAUGAAACUAAAAAGCCUCAUCCGUCAUCUUGGGGAUCAGCUGAACAUCCCAGUCGAAGAAUUGGACAAAUUCGAUAUCAACAACUUUGUUGGCGACGCCAUGAAAGUCAAGGAUGGGGAACUUAAAACAUUAAGGGUGAGUUUGGUUGGCUAGGAUUUUUAAGAUCGCGCUUUGCAGAAAUAACCGAGAUCUUUAGUUCAAAGUUGGUCAAAACUCGACAGUUUUUCUGGGGGUCGGCAUAAAGAAUUUCAGUCUUAUUUCUUUCGUAGGAGGCGAAAUUUCAACAAUCGAUCAUUUUUUUUAUACAAACUUAGCAGAGGGUUUUAAAAAAAGUUUUCGACCGCUCUCCGCAAUUCACAUACUCUCUCGUUGGAAAAUAUCAUUGAAAAUUUCGGCUAGCCUUGUACGAAGCCCAAUUUGAGCAUCAAACUUUGAACACUUCUCCUGUUACAGUGAAGGACCCGAUCCCGUGGCAAAAAACGUACCACUUUGCAUCCUGGAAGCAUCAAAACUGUAGCAAAAUGCUUCCCUCUCCAACUGAAAAAACUUCAUUUUGAAGGGCGCGCUCUUUUCCUCACAAAAAGAGCGGGCGCGCUUUGGACGUGUGAGUUUUUUCACUUGGAGAGGGAAGCAUUUUGCCACAUUUUUGAUACUUCCCGGAUGCAAAAUGGUACUUUUUUUCAUACUGGAUCAGUUCCUCCACUGUAGGAAUUUCUUACAAAUGCUCCCCAAUUCUACGUCUUAAUUUUCCAGAAAGAGCCGAAGCCGGUCAGCUAUGACGAUGUCAAGAGGGAAAGUGAUUUGGAAGACGUGGAAUUCGCCGAUGAACUUCUCAGUUAUACCAGCGGUAUGUUGAUUAAAUUUGGGGUUGUUUUGGCAGUGCACUUUUUUCAAACGCUAUAUAAUUAUAUAAUAUAUAAUUUGCAGAGGAAAAUCCGUUAAAAACAGCGAGGAAUGGCGACGGUGUUUUGCUAAACAAGACGCAAUCAGCCCGGUGA